GGAUAGUAUAGAAACAACGGGAGAGAAUCAAUAUAUACAACGCAAAUUGCUAGUUUUGAGAGGUGUGGCGCCCUUGAGCGCAUUCACAUCACUUGCUGUGUCAAUUAUAACUGCUAUUGGAAUAUCACCCAGCUUGGGCGAUAUUAAUGACGAUUUUUACACGCACCUAACGCCAAAGUCCUCAAUGGUAGGCUUCUAUUGGAUUGUUCUUUAUGCUUUACAAGCUGGAACUUGCUUUCUUUUCGUAGGAUCACAGAAGGAUCUUACCCAGAUGACAUUAGCUAAUGCAUUAGGAUACCAAUAUGUCAUAUCACACGUCUUACAUUCACUCUGGGCGAUAUUUUGGAUUCUGCGCUCUUUCACAUUAUCUUCUAUCAUGAUGUCACUUCAAACGAUCAAUUUACUCAGUAUGUACGUCUGGUUAUGCAGAGCUACACAUUUGCCAGAUAAGACACGUCCAUUAGAUUACUUCUUUAUUCACAUCCCAAUACGCAUGUGGACAGUUGUUACAGUUGGCGUAGAGCUUCAACAAUCUGCAUUCAUAGCUUUUGAUUGGCUUAGCACGCCUACCUGGAGGUUCUCACUUCAUCAAGUACCAGCGAUGAUUAGUGUUGCGGUCCCAAUAUUACUAGGAUGUGCUAUCAUACUAGUCAAACGUGACCAUAUUUGGAUGUUGUCUCAUAUGUGGGUUCUUCUCGCACUAUUCCUUCGUCAUCCUAAACCAUUUCUUGUGAAUUUCGUCGCUGUUGCGGGAUGGAUACUACUCCCUCUGUCACUCAUCGGGAACGCAGCUUGGAGUCGCUUCCUUGAACGUCGCGAAGAGCUACACAGGAUUCGCCUAGAGGAGGAUGCCGAAGAACGUUUUGAGAGGGAACACAUAGCAGCUUAGUAAUUUUUAAUGUCAUAAUGAAAAUGUAUAUAUAAAGAAACAUUCUUAAGCACUUGAUGCAGCGAAUGGUGCGUCAUCAGUCGCUUCGCUUGGAUGUCCGUAGCCACCACCACCUGGUGUUAACAGAAUGAAUACAUCACCUUUGCUCAUCUUCGCUGAGGCCUUUCCACCUAAGUUAAUAAUCCUAGGUUUGUCAGUGUUAGAUCCACUACUGAUUGCCUUCUUCUUUGGUUGCUUCAACCAUAAGUUCAGACCAGGUUGGGCGUCACCCCCACCGUGCAAACCAUAUGGUCUGGUUACACGUCUUUCCGAUAAUAUUGACAGUUGAAGUGGUUGCAUGAGUUCAUAUUCUCUAAUGACACCAUCACCACCUCUGUGUUUGCCAACACCGCCACUACCUCUCCUAAAUUCGAAUCUACGUAGAAGAAUUGGGUAGCGUCUUUCUAAUAUUUCAGGAUCAGUGAUACGUGUAUUAGUCAUAUGUACGUGUGUGCCACUAACACCAUCCUGGUCUUUAGUCGCACCGGAUCCACCUGCUACAGUCUCGUAGUAUCCCCAACCAGGUUUGAUCUCACCUGUAAUUGGAUCUUUACCACCUGCUCCAAAUGUUACAUUGUUACAACAUCCUUGACUUGCAGCACAAGCUUCGAAGGCUUUAAGAACUACAUCGACAACCCUCUGGGAAGUCAUUACAUUACCACCGCAAACUGCAGCUUCUGGUGAUGGUGAUAAUAAUGAACCUUCAGGUAUAAUUAUAUCGAUUGGUGCUAAACAUCCACUGUUUAAUGGUAUAUCGACACCCAACAUUGAUCUUGCGCAAUAAAUAACAGCGGAAUGAACAACUGAUAUUGGUGCAUUCAGGUUACCGCGUAAUUCUGGACCUGUGCCGUUGAAAUCGAAUACUGCACUGCCGUGAAUCUCAUCGAUUUUAACAGUUAAGGAAAUUGGUGAUCCAUCAUCGAGGUAAUCAGUGGCAGAAAGGGUUGUUCUACCAGUUGAUCUUGCAACCGUCUUGAGGAGAUUGCGGACUGCAUACUCUGCGUUAUUGCGAAUAUGAUACAUAUAUUCUUGUACCAUGGACAAACCGAAUUCCUUGCAGAGAAGAUGCAAAAGCUGAAUACCCUUGUGAUUUGCAGAAACUUGAGCUUUUAAAUCCGAUUGAACGUCCUUGAAAUUACGACAUCCUGAGCUGCCCUCGACUUUUGAUGGUUGGGUAACUAGUAAAUCGUAAAGUGUCUCACUAUCAAAACGACCAUUUUGGACUAAUUUGAAGGAAACAAUCUCAGCACCUUCUUCCUCUAAUGAUGUAGAGUUCGGUGGCAUAGAUCCUGGAAGAAUACCACCAAUAUCACUGUGAUGGCCACGUGAAGCUGUAAAGAAGAUGAUUUCGUUGGUUGCUUUAUCGAAACAUGGUGUGAUAAUUGUGAUAUCCCUGUGAAA